AGAAAAAGAAAAUCUGCACCAAGGCAGACUGUGAAUGAAGGUAAUGCAGCAGCUAGGGUUGAUGGAGCUGAUGGAUUUGAUAAGGUGGAUGGAGAUGAUGGAUUUCAUGAGGUGGAUGGAGAUGCUGGAUCAUCUAGGCUUGAUGGAGCAGAUAGGGUUGAAGAGUCAUAUGAGGACAACCUUAUGGAUAUCCAUUUGAACUUUGAGGAGGCCCCAUCUAUGGAAACUGAAUUUCCCAUGGUUGUUUCAAUUGAAGACACAUUAAUGUUUAGUCAGCAGACUAAGCAAGGCAGUGAAGAAGCUGAAAAAGGGAGUGAGGAGAGUGAAGAACACACUGAUCAAGACGCUGAAGAUGACUGCAACCCUGAGAAAGAGCUGAGAAAUCAACAUGGGGUCAUAAUAAGCUAUGGAC